AUGGACACGGGCCCUACUGAUGAUGAUGGUGAAGCUGCCGAUGGGCUUGUCUCGUACAGUCCUCAGCUCGGGGAGGCUCGCCGCUUUGGUGGGCCGAGGGUGGCUCCUCUGGUAAGGGCCAUGAAUGAGGUACUGGCUGUUGAUCCGACGAGGGGGGAGGAUCUAUGGACAGCCCUUCUAGCAGCCUUGGAGAGCGAAGACGAGGUCAUAGCUGGCCAGGGCGAUGGCGCCUCGCUAUGGAAGGCAUCAGAGGCAUGCACCUUUUCCUCGGAGGCAGUGGUCUUAUCGUGGCUGCUACUGUCGCAGUGCGAGGGCUUCUACCGUGGAGUAUUCCCUUAUACUAGGCAGCCACGGGGGCCUCCGGACGGGUUGGAGCAGGGGAAUGCCUCACCAUCGCCCGCGAGGUUGUUCUUGCCCGUCGUAGGACUCAUCAACCGCAUUGUGAAGGCACUAGCUGAGGCUGGCGAAGAGGAGGAAGGGCAUGACGAGAGUCGGAUCCCUCGGAAGGUGGCAGAUGCGCUGCUAGAGGGGUCCCCCUCGGAGGGGUAUAGGACGCUGCUUCCUGCGCUGGUGGGGUUAUUGGUCAUCAUAACUGAGGAUAGAGGGAGUGUCGUAGCGUUGAGGAAAUGCGAGUUCAGCAAGAUUCAUGCUAGGAGGCUGAGUGAGGGGGGGAUGAUAUCGUUGGCCCCAUUCGAAGGGGGGUCCCUGUUGGACGUACUAGUAGUGGCCUCACUCCGGUUCAUGCCCUACAUGCCCGAUGCCUCGAUGGCCCUGGCGGCGUCCAUCUGCAAUGUCUGCCCUUACCUCUACAGUAUACCGGCCUUCACUGCCGAGAAGCUCGAGGAGGCUCUACGGAAGAGCAUAAAGGCUGCAGCUAACGGUCGGCCCAGGGGGGAGGAGAUAGCUGGGUUGUUGUCAGAAGGGGUGGCUGCUCUUCUCCUGUGGAACUAUCGGGAAUGUACGCCUUUGGUGCUCGCCAUGCUAUCCCACAGUGAGGCCUAUGAUGCAAGCUUGGGGUUGGAAGGAAGAGCACUGCUGGAAGGGCCCCUUGGGGUCAUCAGAACAGUGGUGGAGGUAUCAGAAGAGGCAGUAGGGGAGGGGCUGGAGGAGGAUGAUAUUAGCCAUGACGAUAUUCUGGAUGUCGUGCCCGAGACUCUAGUCGGUCUGCUACCGAUCACACAGGCCAUCGUGUUGAGGCAACACUCUAGUCGCGUGAAGGCUAAUGAGGUUAUAACCUUCCUGGCCCUUUGUCUUGGUGAGGAUGAGGAGGAACCGCUGAGGGACAUAGUGUUGUGGCUGCAACACAGCCCUGAGCUGGAGACGACUGAGCGUGGGUAUAACAUAAGUUAUGGAACGGACGUGGCGGCACUGAUGGAACACGUGGCUGUAGAGGGUGCUAAGGCGGACCUUGACAGGCUGAAUGAGGAGGUGAAGGGCCUGAGCAAGAGGCUUACAUGGGAGGAGGAGAGGCUGUUGGCUGUUCGAGAGGAGAAGGGAAGGGCUGUGGCUCUAGAGGAUUAUCACAGGGCAGGGGAGCUGAAGGGGGAAGAGGAGAGGCUCUUACUUAGCAUAGGACACUUGAAAAGUCUCGGCCUACCCGAGCAUACAUGA